AUGCCCAAAGCACCCCCACGCCGAACUCAAUCUGGUGCUGGAGCAGGCAGGGGUAGGGACGACCGAAACUACUCCUGCCUUACUCCUGGAGGAGUCUGCGUUGUUUGCGGGGCUCGGACGUCCGCUGCGUGGCGAACGGGCAUUGUGAACAACGUCAACACAGCCAGGGCAGCCUGCAAUAAGUGUGGGCGCGCGCAGGCAUAUCUGGACGCCAUCGCUGCCCUCCCGGGCAAACCCGUCGUCCCCUCAACCACCCUCCCCGCACCCGCCCCAGCCACCACGCACCUCACCCGCCAGCCCCUCGUCUCCGCCCACCAUCCCCCCGUCUCCACCAUCCCAACCCCCGUCUCCACCGCCCAGUCCCCCGUCUCUGCCGCCGCUCCCCCUGUCUCCGCCCCCCAGCCUCCCGUCGCCGCUGCCGCUCCCACCGCCCCUAUCCCCAACCCCUUUGCAAUCACCAGCCUCCUCAACCCCGCCCUAAUCCCCAACCCCAUCCCAAUCUCCGCCCUUCUCAACCCUGCCCCCAUCCCCACCCGCCCCACCCGCGCUGCCGCCAUAGCAGGGGUCGCAGCCGCAGCAGCAGCAGCAGCAGCGCCCACCCCGACGACCGGUCACAAGGAGGAGGAGGGGUAUGACGAGAUGGCGCAGGAGGAGCUGGCCAUGCCUGAAGAGGAGGAGGGGCACUGGAGGGCGUUAAGCUAG